CCAGCCCGGAGGCCCGCGCGCGUGCGCGUGCGUGUGCGCGCGCGGCGGGGAACCGCGGCGGCCGUCAGAGGAGGAGCUCUGAGACCCCAAAGCCAUCUUUCAUCCUGUUUUUGCAGAAGAGAAGGUGAAAUCCCAGGGAAGUGACUUACAGGUUAUCAGAUUGGUCAGUGCAGAGGCAGAAGCUGGCCAACUUGCUCCUUCCUACCUACCUGAGGGAACACCCCCCGGCCACACUUCCUGUUUCUCCACUGGAAUAUCGAUCAAAGUUGCUCUAAGUUACAGAACAAAAAUGGGUCAUUUAAACCUCUGGAGGACUCAAUUAUCACAGCACUGCCAGACGACUACCAGCUAAGAUUGAUGAUAUAAAUUUAUAAUAACAAAUGUGCGUUUUACCGAAGCACUGAAGAACUACAAGAGGAUAUCUUUCCUAAAAAUGAUCUUCAAGUGUCAUAUUUCUAAACACAACCAAACAGCACAAUUAUUAAAUUAUUAGACUUGCUGAUACAGGCACACAUGUGCAGCAGCUACUGUAUACUGAUAAUUACCAAACCUCAAAUGUAUGUGAUUUCCCUCCAUUUUAAAAGUCCUUAGAUUUGCAAGCAAUCACUGAACAUUGCCAUUAGGCACAUAUUCAGUUGAGUGUCAUUGAAGAGCGUUUUCUUGAAACAUAUAGAAGGUUGAACGUCCCAGGACCAGGUGGAUUGGAUAUUAUGGCAGCAGCUUAUAGACUUGUGGUUAGUACUGUGAACCACUACAGCAGCGUGGUGAUAGACCGGCGUUUUGAGCAAGCUAUACAUUAUUGCACUGGAACCUGCCACACGUUCACACAUGGUGUCGACUGCAUUGUAUUUCACCAUAGCGUUUGUGCGGACCUCUUGCACCUCCCAGUGUCUCCGUUCAAAGAUGUCGAUCUCAACUCUAUGUUUCUACCCCAUGAAAAUGGCCUUUGCUCUACUGAAGGUGACUACCCCCACCAGGCCCUGGCAGGCAUUCCCAGGGUCAAGAGAUCGUCCACGUUCCAGAACACCUGUAAUUUAAAGGACAUUGCUGGGGAAGCCAUCAGUUUUGCCAGUGGCAAAAUAAAAGAAUUUUCCCUGGAAAAACUCAAAAACUCUCAUCAUGCCGUUUACAAAAAGGGAAGGAAAGUGAAGUCUGACUCAUUCAAUAGGAGGUCGGUUGAUUUUGACCUGCUCUGUGGCCAUUAUAACAGUGAUGGGCUCUCCCCGGCCUUUGGCUUACUCCGGAGUUCCUCAUUGGAGGAAAAGUCUUUGUCCCAGCGAAACUCGCUUGAUACAAACCUGACUUCCAUGCUUCUCCAGAACUUCUCUGAAGAAGACCUGGUAACUCAGAUUUUGGAAAAACACAAACUAGAUCACUUCUCUCCUGGGACAGACAUAAAAAUGUGCUUAGACAUCUUGCUGAAAUGCUCUGAGGAUCUGAAAAAAUGCACAGACAUCAUAAAACAGUGCAUAAAGAAAAAGCCAGGCGGUAGCAUGAGUGAAGGGAGUGGGACCGAUGCAAGUUCUACCUCUGAAACUGUCUAUAUGAAUGUGAUGACGAGGUUAGCAUCCUACUUGAAGAAGUUACCAUUUGAAUUCAUGCAGCCUGGGAAUAAUGAGACCAUCGAUAUAACAGAACUGGUCAAUAAUGUGCCUAGCUUACAACUGACUCCCUUCUCUCCCAUAUACGGCACCGAACAGCCCCCUAAAUAUGAAGAUGUUGUCCAGCAGUCAGGUCCGGACUCUGGACAGUUUCAGACUAUUGAAUCGCAAGGUGACACACAUAAUUCUAGGAAAACAGACACUGUAAAAGUCACUCCGAACAACUCUACCAAUUCCUUACAUAGGCUGGAGGUAAAUGAUCCCAGCACUCUCAAAGCUGUCCGACUUCAAUCAGCCACGAAUCCUUUGGAGAACAUUUCUGCUGGUGAGUUAAUGGAAACUCUUUAUAUUGAAGAAGAGUCAGAUGGAAAGAAAGCAUUCUUGGACAAAGGACAAAGGACAGAGAAUGGGCCUGGUCAGGAGCUGUUUAAGGUGAACAAACAGAGAGCCGAAUUUUCAGACCAUGGUCUUCACCUUCAAAAAAGCCCUGCCUCCGUGCAAAAUAAUAUCGGUAAAGUGUUUGAGACGCCAGUUGUUCAUCUACCCGAGGAAGACUGUAAAUCAAAAGUCCCUAGCGUGGAAGUGAGAGACCAGAGAGGUUUUAUGAACCCUAACAGUCAGGAAGAGAUUGAUAAAUUGUUACUGGAUUUGGAAUCAUUCUCACAGAAGAUGGAGACCUCUCUAAAAGAGCCACUUGCCCAGGAUAACAACCUUACUUCUCUAAGUAGUCACGGUCAUGUGACUAGUCCGAUCCCUACAGAUGUGGACCUUAAAUCGAAAGGCUCUUCAGCCACAGAAAAAGUCUCACCUUCCUGCCUAACAAGGAUUAUUGAAACCAAUGGACACAAAAUAGAGGAAGAAGAUCGAGCUCUCUUACUGAGAAUCCUGGAAAGCAUUGAAGAUUUUGCUCAAGAACUCGUUGAAUGCAAAUCAGGUAGAGGGAGCCUGUCUCAAGAAAAGGAAAUGAUGCAAAUUCUACAGGAAACCUUGACAACUUCCUCCCAGGCCAGUCUGUCAGUCUGCAGAAGUCCUGUGGGUGAUAAAGCCAAUGAUACUUCUUCCAUGGUUUUGAUUCAGCAGACCCCAGAGGUGAUCAAGAUUCAAAAUAAACCAGAAAAGAAACCUGGGACACCACUUCCACCUCCAGCCGCCCUCCCAAGUAGUCCCCAACCUGACUCCCUGGUCCCUCAUGCGAAUAAUGCUGUGAACGCACCGUUGUCCAUAAACAUUCCACGCUUCUACUUUCCGGAAGGACUCCCAGAUACCUGCAGUAACCAUGAACAGACGCUGAGCAGAAUCGAAAAUGCUUUCAUGGAUAUUGAAGAUCAGAAAGCAGACAUUUAUGAAAUGGGGAAAAUUGCAAAGGUCUGUGGCUGUCCUCUCUACUGGAAAGCCCCCAUGUUCAGGGCUGCGGGGGGAGAGAAGACAGGAUUUGUGUCCUCACAGUCAUUCAUUGCUGUGUGGAAAACGUUGCUGACUAACCAUCAUGAUGACGCCUCUAAGUUCAUCUCUCUUCUGGCAAAGCCCAGCAGUAACUCUCUAGAACAAGAGGACUUCGUCCCUUUACUUCAGGAUGUGGUGGAUACACACCCUGGCCUUACGUUCCUAAAAGAUGCUCCAGAAUUCCACUCCCGAUACAUCACCACGGUUAUUCAAAGAAUAUUCUAUACCGUCAACAGAUCUUGGAGUGGAAGAAUCACUUCAACAGAGCUAAGAAAAAGCAACUUUUUGCAGACUCUAGCCCUUUUGGAGGAAGAGGAAGACAUAAACCAAAUCACAGACUACUUCUCCUAUGAGCAUUUCUAUGUUAUUUAUUGUAAGUUCUGGGAACUAGACAGCGAUCACGACCUGUAUAUCAGCCAGACUGACCUAUCUCGAUACAAUGACCAGGCUUCAUCAAACAGAAUUAUUGAAAGGAUAUUCUCUGGGGCAGUAACAAGAGGAAAAACAGUACAGAAAGAGGGAAGAAUGAGCUACGCAGAUUUUGUCUGGUUUUUGAUCUCUGAGGAAGACAAACGGAACCCCACCAGCAUCGAGUACUGGUUCCGGUGCAUGGACCUGGACGGGGACGGCGUCCUCUCCAUGUAUGAGCUGGAGUACUUCUACGAGGAGCAGUGCGAGCGCAUGGAAGCCAUGGGCAUUGAACCCUUGCCGUUCCAUGACCUGCUGUGCCAGAUGCUUGACCUGGUGAAGCCAGCCAGAGAUGGCAGAAUUACUCUGCGGGAUCUGAAGAGGUGCAGGAUGGCUCACAUCUUCUAUGAUACUUUCUUUAACCUGGAGAAGUACCUGGACCAUGAGCAGAGAGAUCCCUUCGCAGUGCAGAAGGAUGUUGACAACGAUGGGCCAGAGCCCUCCGACUGGGACAGGUUUGCUGCGGAGGAAUACGAGGCUCUGGUGGCUGAAGAGGCCGCCCAGGCACAACUCCAGGAAGGCUCCUUUGAGGAAUAUGAAACAGAUGAACCUGCCUCCCCCUCUGAAUUUGGAAACAAAGGCAAUAAAACAGGAACCUCAAAUCUUUCAGAGAAAUGUGGCAAGCUUCAGUCAGUGGAUGAAGAGUAGCUGCCACUGUCACACGAAAGGAAGACGUAAAUGCAUUUCAAAUACCUGUCCUUGUCAAGAGAUGCUCCAUAGUUUGCAUACUGCUUUUUUAAAAAGGCUUUGAUCCCUCCAAAUGUGUUAUCUGCACUGCAGACUUCCAGGCUGAUAACCUUUCACCUCAGGAGACUCCUUGAGCUUGCUCAGACUUCUUGCAGAGGCUUUCCUCAGAGGUGAACCAACCUAACGGUGAUCAUUACCUUCCAACGUCUGCACCCCUGAAUGCACCACCGCUCUCUUGGGGACAGUGCUGAGCCCAGCAGAAACUGCCUUAAUGUUGGCCAGCUUCCCUAAGACCUCUCAGGGCUCCUAUGGAGCCUAAAAGAAACCUUCAUUUGCAGAAAACUUGAGUCAAAAAAAAAAAAAAAAAAAAAAAAAGAUUCUGGAACUUGAAAAGUAUUAAAUGGGCCUCUAGAAUUGACGUAGCCCUAGUAAUAAAAGCACUGCCAAAACAUCUCAGAGACUUCUGUUAAUUAUGUGUACUGGAGUUCAAAGAUCUUGAACUUAACCUGGUUUAAUGUAAUUUCACGAUGACCUACCGAUCUACUAGUCACUUUACAUCCUCAGGUAUUGUAAACCACUGGGCCUUCCAAUCUGGCUGACAAGCAGUGGCAGCCUCCCCAUCGUGACUGGAUAAAAAUCUCAACAACAACAAAAAAUCCUUGAAAAUGAAGACUAGUAUAGAAUUUGGCUCAUACUUGAAAACAGCAAGCCUUCUAACUUACACAUUUGCAUAGAAUUACUGAAUGAUUUCUUAAUCUAUAAGUUCAUUAUCUUUUAUUUUCUAGCUGGCCCACCUAAAGCCUUAAAAGGAAUGGUGAGAUACUCUAUGAAAAGAAAAAAUUCUUCUAGAUAUACUGCUUUCUUCAUGUCACCAAGAUUAAACUGGAAGUAAACUCAAAUCUACUAUUCCAGACACCACAGAAAUGGAAGAAAAGUGAUAGCAUGAGGUUGGGGGGGAGGGGUGAAGCUCUUAUUGUGAUGGCAAUUAUGUUCACUUCAAAAUUUAUGCUUCCCAACAGGUCACAGUGCCACCAAAUCCCAUAAUAGCCAGGGUGGGAAGAGGGAUGCAAAGAAAAAGACUAAAAAAGGAUGGACAUUUCUAAUACAAGAAGCCCUCACUGAAUGACUUCAAUAGUCAUCUCUGUCAAGAGCCAUCAACUUUUCUCCUAGUUACUUGUGGCCAGGCUUGAAAGUAUCCUGACAGCCUCUCUCUGCCCUCCACCUUGGUUCCUUUGACCAAUAAUCAGACCUUGGGCUAUGACAGACAGGAAAUGAAGAACAGGAUAAUUUAAGAAAUAUAUAUCAACUAAAACAUAUGAGCAACCCCAGGAAUUCUGCCUAUCAAUAUCCAAGCCAGAUUCCUGGUGGGAUUUUUAUCUUCAUUAGAACUAAUCUUCCAUUUAACAGUUCAAAAGAUGGAUUUUUAAGUAUUUUUCUGGACUUGGGCACAAGCCUGUACUCUCAGCACUCAGCAGGCGUGAGGGCACUCUGAUCCUGUCUCCAAAUGGAUCGUGACACAUGAAAUUUCCACCAGUUCCAUCCCAGCUUCUACCAGGGAAGAAAAGCAACACUCUUUAGUGCCAGAUGAAAACACACAAGGUUAAAACUUUUUGAGAAAUCAAAUAUGGUAUGAAUAUUUCGCUAUCCAUAGUGAUUCAAAUUAUUUGAUUCACCAAAAAGUAAAAAAACAAAACUCAAGUUUUAUACUAUUUAAAUGAAUGUAGGGCUGGGCUGCUUAGGCCUCACCUAGCCACUCUGCAGCCACAUGUAACCUUUGUUUUCCUUGCUUGCCAUGCCAGCAGUGAAAGCCAGGGCAUUGCACAGCCAGGCAACUGCUGCAGCCCCAGCCCUCGUCUUACCUUGUUUCUCCUAACUGAAAUUCUCUUGUCCACAGUUUGGUCAAUAAUUGAAUUCUAAAAAUCUGAUCCCAUUUAGAAGAGACAUUUUCAUUUUGGUUAGCUCAAGAAUUACAAGCAUGUAUUUCAGUAUACUCCUUUCUUAAGCUGAAUGCAAUGAGUAUAAAUUCUGAGGACGAAGGUUAUACUCCUUUCUACCAAACUGUAAAUUGCAAGCAUUACAAUACCCCAGGAGCCUUGAUACAAGAGAAACUGAGUUAUCAUGACCUUGCAUAACAUUAGUUGCCCAGGUAAUCAAAUAAAACUGUUUCCCCUCCAUUUUAUGUUACUAUGUACUGUUUCGAGGUAUUUUUUUUUUAAUAGAUCUGUCCAACAAAAUGUCAUUUUCUCAGCUUUUGAAAAUGUGUGUUUGGGUGGAGAAGGCUGCAUGACUUGUUCUUUUUGCAAAACAAUAAAGGUUGACAAAUAGAUGAAUCUUA